UCAGCGGCUCUUUACUGGACAUUUGAAGUCUCUUACGACAGGUCAACUUGGAUACGUGCAUGAGGUGAUUCACUCAGCGGCUCUUUACUGGACAUUCGGUGGCUCUUUACUGGACAUGCGAUACACGAGCUUAGAGUUUUCUUAAUUGGUGUGGUUAGAGAGCGGAUUUACUAGCGCGCUUUGUGACUACGAUACAUAAAGAAAGAUACUACACUAUAUUGUGUCAAGAAGAAUCCUGCAUCAAAUUGGUUGAAGAAAGAUCCUAAAUCAAAUUGUCUGAAGACAUAUUUUACAUCAAGUUCUCUCAAAAUAUUUUGAUAUGGCACUGUUUUUGCCACUCGUGGGUGUACUCAAUCAAAAGGUGUAGUCGCCCGAAAUUUCAGCAUCGAUACCCUUGGAUUACUCUACCAUUGAAACGACAUUAAGGUAUCGGAGUCGUCUAAAAACUUUCCCCCCAACUUAAUUAUACGCCAUCGAUCUGCCCAAUCAUGGUUAUCCCCUAUUGAUUGACGCCGGUGUUGCUUGUCUGACCCCCCCCCCCCACCCCCGCCCCCUCAAGUCCAGCUCUGGUCAUCUCCUCAUCUCACAGACAAUGUCCGGGAGGUCAAGGUCACUCGUGGAGAUAGCUGCACUUGUUUCGUUACUUGCGCUAAGUGUUCGGGCAGGCUUGUACAUUCCAAAGAGAAACUACAAUUUUUACAUUCCGAGUUCUCCCCCUUCUGACGGAGUUGUCGUGGCUGUGAACACAAUCGACAGCUACGUCAUCGGGUGUGACGUGCGGCACACGUUUCCGGUCGUGGAUCCAGACGCCGGUGACGUCAUCGCUACACUCGCAGACAGGUCCGUCCACCUGAGGAUACAUUCUGGAACUUUCCAGCUGACAGAAAAGAGGAACUAUACACUAAAACUGCUGUGUAAGCAUGCCGUGGACACACUGGAGUACUACAGACCGCUGACCCAGACCCAGAUCUGGCUGCUGCCGUCACGUGACCAGCCCACCCUGGGGGGCUGGAACACCUCGGACAACGCCCUGGAUGACCUCUGCCCCCAGGAUGAUGACCUGGCGUAUGACGUCAUAGAGAACUCGGGGACGGGAGCCAUCCUCGACACCUUGGCUAACCACUGGCUCCCCGUGGCGCCCGUAGGGGUCGGGAUCACCCUAGAGGCUGCCCCUCACGCCAACCUGUCCUUGACCCGAAACAACGAGGUCAUCUUGCUGAAGUCACUGGACCGUGAAGUCGAUGACAAGCUGAGCGUGAAUGUCACGUGUCAUGUGGACACCGGAAGUGACGUGCACCACGUGCAGAGGGUGCUGCGCGUGAAGGUGUAUGACGUCAACGACUGCCCUGUCACGAGCAUGGGGUCCACCACCAUAGACAUCAGCGUCGCCACCAAGUAUUACAAAACUCUUAUGGAUGCGGAUACGGAAGUGGUCAACCUCAAGUCGUACUCCGUGUCUACCAGCGACACGGCGGGCGUCGUGGUGCCACUAAAUAUCACCACCAAGGCACUGAAGAUUGCCAAAAAAACACUACAGACGAGCAUCAAGUUAGAGUAUAGUAUUAUACAUCAAAGUGUGCCCAGCCCCUACACAGCAGAUAUAAUUCUAGAGAAUUUACACUACGACAUUGAUGGAGCUCUUGUCAAAAAGAAGGUUACCUACAAGGUGAUCUACACGACUGACUCGAAGCUUGAAGACAGGUUUCUGACCGACAGUACAAAGAUGGAGCUUUACAAGUCGGCGGGGAAAUAUUCUUUGAUUUUGGACUUGGCACAGAACACAAGUAAGAUAAAUAAAGACGUCAAUUAUACGAUCAAGAUCAGUCGGCCUCAACAACUUCAGUCAGUGCUGGCAGUCAAUCAACUUGGCCAGGUGUAUGUCAGCGAUACUAGGUAUCUCAUCAGUUACAACGGUACAGAAGCUCUAAUCGCCUCAGUGCUCAAGUACGAGAAGGAGAAGCUGGUGAACAAGACGGAUAUCCAUCUGAAGAUCACAGAGAUCAAUGACGCACAGGAAUGUGACCAAGGCUGUUCCCUCCACAAGUCACGUGACGAGUGUACCUCCUCGUGUGGGUUCGGGGCCGUGACGGGCAGGUGUGUGUGGCGGGAGGCAAACAGAACGACCAUGACCCCGGACUAUGAGACGUGCUCACCCAGCCUGGACACGUGCCCGGAUGGGAUCUGUAGCCCGCUGGAAGAAUUGGAGUUUUUUUACUGCCCACAGGACUGUCUCAAAGAUAACGUUGGCGGCCAGGCCUCGAAAAACCCCGGGGGUCGGGGCAUCGCCAUGGGCAAGGGUGUGUGUUCCUGUGACCUUGACAGAGAGUGUGUCUGCGAGGUUCCGAUUGGCUGGAACAGAACCAGUCCAGCAGGACGUGUAGGACGUCAGCAGGUCUCAGAGAACCCCCUACCCCCCACCAGUGACGAGGUGUGCUCCCAGAACUGCCGGACCGGCAUCGCCGUCUCCGUGUCCUGCCUGCUGGUCAUCACGAUUCUAGCCGCCGUCGUCUGGGCAGUCUGGCGCCGCCGGGAGGGCCGCUCGUCCAUGUCUCUGAAACAUGUCAACAGUCUGGUUUCCAUGGCAGCCGUGCCAUCGGACUACAUCGUGGACGACUCACGUGACCAGAGGCCCCACCCCAACAGGCCGAGCUCUUCACCAGCUUCAGGUCCUAACAAGCUCGGGCUGGCUCAAGAGAUUUAUGAAGACAAGUGGGAGUUCCCUCGAAGUUACCUGACCCUGGAACACGCCAUAGGGGAGGGGGAGUUUGGGCAGGUGGUCAGGGCCCAGGCCAUGAUGCUGAAUGGACAGGAGGGGAAGACGGUGGUGGCCGUCAAGAUGUUAAAACCCGAUGCCUCAGGUGCCGAGUACCAGGACCUGGUCUCAGAGCUACAGCUGUUGAAGGAGGUCGAGCACCCCAACAUCAUCAAACUGCUCGGCGUCUGCACGCAGAAAGGCCCCCUGUACGUUAUAGUCGAGUACUGUGAACUCGGCUCACUCCGGAGUUUCCUGCGAUCAUCAAAGCUGAAGAACAAAGGACGAAGCUGGGAGGAUAAAGAACGAUGCGGGAACGAGUCCAACUUGGCCGACACCAGGGACUCCCGUAUUCUGACUAUGAGGGACCUGCUCUCGUUUGCCUGGCAGAUAGCCAAAGGGAUGGAUUAUUUAGCUGGAUUAAAGAUCGUCCACAGGGAUUUGGCGGCCAGAAAUGUGCUGGUGACGGAGGGGAUGAAGCUGAAGAUUUCAGAUUUCGGGCUCAGUCGGGAUGUCUACGAGGCGGAUACGUAUCUUAAAAUGAGCAAGGGCCGUAUGCCAGUCAAGUGGAUGGCGCCUGAGUCCUUGUAUGCUCAGAUCUACACAAUGAAGAGUGACAUCUGGUCUUACGGCAUUGUUCUGUGGGAGAUUGUUACUCUCGGGGCGUCGCCCUACCCAGGCAUACCCCCGGAGAGAAUCUUCCCUCUACUCAGCACUGGCUACCGGAUGGACAGACCGGAAGAUUGCCCGGAGGAAUUGUACGCCAUCAUGCAGAAGUGUUGGAAAACGGAGCCUGAAAAUCGUCCACAUUUCUCUGUGCUGAGGGACAUACUCGAUCACUUAUUGCAACAGAAUAUGGAAUAUCUCGAAUUAUCAAAUGGCAACUACUUCUCGUCCAUCACUAGUUAUGAUUUUGACGAGAGGCCGUGUGACGUCAUCCACCACUACAACAACACCAGCACCACCAGCAGCACCAAACAGUGCCCGCCGGACGCCUACGUGACCACCAGCUGGCCCUCGGAGGAGCUCGGGGACAGCGAGUGUCCGGAGCUGUCCAAACUGCUGGUCCACCCGGAGAAGGAGGAGACGGACGAGGAGCUGGUGACCCAGCUUAGCAUGGGCUACCACGACGGUCACAAGAAGCCCGGCAGGGUGCUGGUCCAUGAGAACUUCACCUACGUCUGAGGGCAUGACGGGAUUCGCGAGAUAUUUAAGUACUGAAAUGUUUUUGCUGAAUUCUCGAGUCACGGAAGAAAUUUUAUAAAAUUUCUAUGUGAUAUUUUCCGGAACAAAAUGAAACUUCAACAACAAAUUAAUGAAGCUUGUGAUCGUUAAGGGAUGGUCUCUGCUCUCAUAAAAGAAAUCAAAGUGACAUAUUGCGGAUUGUAUAAUUUAAUGUUGUUACACUUUCCAAAGCUAUGAAAUAAUGUACAUAUUUUACUAUUGUGUGCCAUUACCGAUAAACUUUUUGAAAAAAAAAUUAUUGACUUUGUGGAAUCAACGCUAAUUUUUUUUCUUGAUUUCAUAAAAAAAGCUGAUUUCAUAGAUCACCAUUAUGUUAGCAUUUUCAAUGUUGAAACAAGCACAUAAACGCACCACACACAUACAUAUGUACAUUCACAUUCAUCACAAAUGUA